CAGAAGAAGAGCUCGGCAGGCUAGGCAACCGCCACAACCAAAAGCAGAAGAAGGAAUUUGAACGUCAAACACCCAGUGAGACCAGUUAGCCUCCUGAGAAGCUAACAGCUUCAGGAGGAGAAGUUACCAGCUUCUAGUUCCAGAGAAUCGCGAAAAAAACUUCGCAGGAAGAUUAUUGGACUCUUAUUGGAUUCUGUGCGGCUGCCAGAUCUUCUUCUAGGGAAUAAAAGCAAUACUGUCCGGUCCCAAACAGCAUCAUGUCCGUUAACGUUUGGGUUGUUGCUGGUGAUCGGUUACUCAUUCAAAGAGAAAGCAACUCGGUUGGUGAUCACAACUCACCGACUGAUCUACAGAUGAAAGAGGAAGACAGAAAACCAGAUUUAAACCAGAUGAAGGAGGCACCACAGUAUCAACCUAUCAAAGAAGAACAAGUUGAGCUCGACAUCUUUCAUGACGAGAAGUCUGUUGUGAAGACGGAUGCCGAUGUCUUUCAGGUGUCUGCUGGUUCUGAUGAAAUAUUCCAGCAUAAACCUGAACUGCAGCAGAUCACAGGGAUGAAGGAGGAACCAGAACCUGAACAGAUUAAAGAAGAACUGGAGGAACUAGAAAUGGUACAAAUUAAACAAGAAGAGGAGGAACUCUACAGUGAUCAGGAUGAAGAUCAACUUGUAGCAAAGCAGGAUUCCUUCAGAGAAACUCUUACGCAUGAGGAAAAAUACAGCAGUGAACCCGAUCCAAACCAGAAACAGGUCCACCCGUCCAACUCCCCUGGAGCUGAACACCAACCAAAGGACGGAUGCAGAGAUAAAGACCUGGUUUUGGAUGUAGAUGAAGAGCGGACAAAGAAUCAGAAUGAAAGUGUUAAACACUCUGAAAUGAAAAAGCUAAAGAAAAGCAUGCGUUCCUGUAAAAUAUGUGGAAAACAUUUAAUCAGGAAAACUCUCCUGAAAAUUCACAUGAGAAUCCACACUGGUGAGAAACCGCAUACCUGUCAGGUCUGCAGUAAGUCAUUUAGCUUUAGCAGUCAUUUGGUUCGUCACAUGAGAAAUCACACUGGCGAAAGACCAUUCUCGUGUCAGACUUGUGGGAAAAGCUACAUCAACAGAAGCAGCUUAAACGCACACAUCAAGGACCAUCUGGGAGAGAAUUCAUUCCCAUGUGGAUUGUGCGAUAAAUCUUUCACCAAGAGUCAAAAUCUGGUUUGUCACAUGAGACUCCACACAGGCGAGAAACCAUUCUCAUGUCCAAUCUGCGGAAAAAGCUACGUAAGUAAAAGCAGCCUGAAAAAACACAGCAUUACACACAACCUAGUAGACACAGGCGAGAAGCUGUUCUCAUGUGGUUUGUGUGAUAAGUCUUUCAAAAACAAACGAGGUCUGGUUCGUCACGUCAAACUGCACUCUAACAAGAGGCCAUUCUCAUGUCCCACCUGCGGGAAAAGCUACACAAGUAAAGGCGCUUUAAAAGAACACUCUAGAGUUCAUCUACCUGAAAAGCCAUAUCCCUGUGACCUCUGUGAUAAAACCUUUGCAGCCAAGAUUAACUACGACCGCCACCGGAGGACUCAUACAGGUGAGAAGCCAUUUUCAUGUGAAGUUUGUGGGGAUUUUUUUAUUGACAAGUUGGCUCUGGUUAAACAUAUGAGAAGUCACACAGGGGAGAAACCGUUUCCAUGUGACCUGUGUCCUAAAUUUUUUCAUACAAAAUUUAAUUUGGCGUGUCACAUGAGGACUCACACUGGUGAGAAACCCUAUCCUUGUGACCUUUGUGAUAAAUCGUUCAUAUCCAGAGGUAACUUGGACCGUCACCGGAGGAGUCACACAGGCGAGAAACCGUUUUCAUGUGAAGAAUGUGGUAAAUUAUUUACCAACAAGAUGUCUAUGGUUAAACACAUAAAAAAUCACACAGAUAAGAAGCUCAAGAAGAGGUUUUCCUGUAAUCUUUGUGAAUCAUCUUUUACCGACAACAUUCAGCUGGAAGAUCACCUGAGGAGCCACACAGGUGAGAAUGUCUUCUCUGUGGAAAGAAAUUCGCCAAACUUUCCGGUUUAACAAGUUGGACUCAAACAAGCACUAAUUUACCUGCUCGGUAAAUUAUUGGGUUCCGGUCAUAAUCUGACUGGAUAUGUACGUAAAUAAGCCUUAAAAAAAGUUUGUAGAAUAUAUUUUGACAGGCAGGGGGAAUGUGACCAGGGCUAUUAUUAUUACUUAUGUAUUAUUGUUUUCCCCACUUUGUAUUUUACAGGUAAUGAUUUUACCUGUAAAAAGGCAUCUCAUGCUAACUGGCUUAUGCCAGGGGGAACCAGUAUACUUUUGUCAUAGAAAACCAGCAGCUGUCUUAAUUGAAAGCUAAUCAAAAUAUAGAAUGUUAUUUAAAACAUUUAUCUUUUUGCCUGUAAAAAUGAUUUUUGUCCAUUGUUUUAUAUCAAACAAAAUAGAAACCAAAUAGUUUCUAGUUGGCCAAGAAGCCUUUUUUAUUCUGUAAAUUUGCUGGAAUCCUUCAUCUGAAUUGUUCUUAUUUUUGCUGUUUAUUGAUAUUUUUCUUAUUAUUAAUAAGUGUGUAUGUGAAAGAAUAGUACUCUUUUCAUAAAACUGUUUGUGAAUAUUGAUUUCUGCAAAAAUAAUUACAAUGAAAUAAUAUAUUUUUUUAAAUAAUUGCAUAAAUAUUCAUUCCCUUUGGUGUUUCUAGUUUCUGGAACCGGGAUCACUUGAGUUCACUGUUAAUAAAGACUUGUCUGUCUGGAAGGUCCAUUCACUGGUUCAUCAGUUUUCCUGGCUACUGCAUCAAGAUUAAAGAACUCUGACCAAUCAGAGAAAAGCUUAUUGAGAAGCUUCAACCGUUUUGUUAGGAAGAAUGGAGAAAAACUGCAGCGUCCGCAGACUUUCUGAUUCCAAAUGUGCAUCUAAAACUGAGUCAAACGGGGUGAAUAUUUAUUCAACCACUUAUUUUAUGUUGCAUAUUUGUAUUUGUCAUUAUUUUGUACAAAUCUGUUUUCACUUUGACAUCAAAGGCUUUUCUUUUGCAGAUUUCUUCUAAAGGUUCCAUUAUGUUGCUUAAGAUUGGUUUGUAAAAACAAUAAAAAGGGUAAAACAUGGUGAAUA